AUGGAUACUAUCUGGUCCUUCCGAGCUGCCUACGAAGAAGUGCGGAAGCUCAAAGAGAAACAGCAUGCCUUCUGCGAAAAGGUCGAAGCUGGGAGAUGGGAUUUACUACGAAACGAAUCGUUUCCGGAAGAUCUACAAUGGGAAGCUCUAGUCGAUGUCUUGCGAGGAAAGGUCAAGAUUCAGAACCAUUGUUAUGAAGAGGUUGAUUUGGACGGGAUCGUUAGGCUCAGUAGCGACUUUAACUUUUCCAUUACAAGUUUCCACCAUGCACACGAAGCUUAUUUAGUCCCUGAACUCCUGAAGAAGACAUACGGCCAUACCCCAGUCGUUGCCAUGUUCGUUACCAAUGGUCGAUACAAACGCGAGUCGUACCGGGGAUCAGAGUAUGCUCCAAAAGUGUUAUCCGAUAAUGGGAUAGAGGUGGUCAUGAAGAGUGACCACCCAGUUCUCAACUCGAGAUAUCUCCACCACGAAGCCCAACAAGCGCACUACUACGGCCUAUCUGCUAGUCUCGCGUUGGCAAGUAUCACCACAACGCCUGCGAGAGCUGCUGGUUUGGAUCAUCGCAUCGGGAAGGUCAAGAGAGGGUAUGACGCUGGUAUGUUAAGUGUUCUUGACCUCCCUCGUAGACGCUGA